GGUGGCAGCACAACCCGACCUGGGGAGCACACUAGAAGGCAUUACGAUACACGUUUUCCAGCGACUCUUCCGAGAAGCACCACGGGCCGUUAGCGGCUUUCCGGGUGCCGCGCCUCCAACGGCAAUGACGACAUGACUUGAAAGGCUCGCUCGCUGCAUUACCAAGUCGAUGUACCAAGUCGCAAAGGGCGGGCUUACCAGGUCCCACAAGCGCCACAGUUCGAACUGCCGCGGUAUCGUGAUUUCUAAUGCUGGGUCGCGUGGUGGUAAUUGUCAACUGGUGACUUCAUCAGUUGGCGUGUUCCAAGGUUGUCAGUGAUAUAAAAGUACCCAGGCCUGCAGCCGACCACUUCACGACACUUGAACGCCGGGCGUGGACCAAGACCCAGGUCAUCUCAACUCCAGUACACCGGCAUUGUUCAGAUAUUGCGGCUUCGCCAAGAACUCGUGCCAGACGAGAUCAUGGCUCCAACGCGUUUUGAGGCCCAGCAUGUCGACCCAAGUCCCCUGGGCCAGCCCCUGAAGUUCGAAUUCAGCGGCUUGACCGCCAAGAACAGGUUCAUGAAGGCAGCCAUGACAGAACGGCUCGCGACGUGGGAUCCAAACCACCUCGAGAAGCGUGGCAUCCCAACGCCAGGACUCAUCAACGUGUACCGGCGGUGGGGUGAGGGCGGCUUCGGUGUUAUAUUAUCCGGCAACACCAUGAUCGAGUAUGACCACCUCGAGGCACCCGGAAACUUGAUCAUCCCACUCGACGAACCCCCCGAGGGUAACAGGUUCGAGGCAUACAAGCGGCUGACUGCCGCUGCGAAGAAGGAAGGCAGUCUGUUUGUGGCACAGUUGAGUCAUCCUGGCCGUCAGGUGUCUGAAGACGUACAACGGCACCCAAUCUCUGCGAGUGAUGUCCAGCUGGAAGGCGAUGUCCUUGGAAUGCGCUUUGCAAAGCCUCGCCCUAUGGAGCAGAAGGACAUCGACCGUGUCAUCCAAGGUUUCGCUCAUGCUGCUGAAUACUCCCACAAGGCCGGUUUUGACGGUGUCCAGCUGCAUGGCGCCCACGGCUACCUGCUCGCCCAAUUCCUUGCGCCUUCUACCAACAAGCGCACGGAUAAGUACGGCGGCUCACUCUUGAAUCGCGGACGCCUCAUCAUGGAAAUUGCAGACGCCAUCAAGGCUCGCGUGAAUGAUCCGUCGUUCAGCUUAGGCAUAAAGAUCAAUAGCGUCGAGUUCCAGGAGGGCGGCUUCAGUCCUGAAGACUGUGCUUCGCUGUGCGAGGAGCUCGAGAAGCACGGUUUCGACUAUGUCGAGCUCUCUGGUGGUACCUACGAGAACCUGGCGUUUUCCCACAAGAAGGAGUCCACAAAGAAGCGAGAAGCUUUCUUCCUCGACUUCGCCGAAAGCAUUGUUCCAAGGCUCAAGAGGACGAAAGCUUAUGUCGUGGGCGGCCUGAGAUCAGCAGGCGCAAUGGUCAAGGCUCUGGACUCCGUCCACGGAGUGUCACUGGCAAGGCCGAUUGCGCAUGAGUUCGAUCUGCCCAAGAAGAUCCUUGAAGACGGGGUCCAGAGUGCUAUUGAGUACAAAUUGGAUGAGCAAGACUUCGGUACUACGAACGUGGCCGCCGGAACGCAGAUUCGCCUCGUUGCUCAAGAUAAAGAGCCUCUAGACAUGAGCCAGGACAAGCACAAGGACGCUUUCAUGGCGUCUAUGCAGAAAUGGUCCGAGGAAAUGGCAAACAACAAGGACGGUUCCAAAUUCGGAUUCGUCAAUAUUGACGGCAUUCAACUUCAACCCUAUGGUGCCGCUUACGCCGCUUGAAUGUGCACUGAGAAAUAUCAGAUUACCUAGGUACACAGACCAGAACCCUACCGGGAACCUACAGGUUUUAGCAACCGUUGUUUCCUUAGAGUUAAUGGAUAAACUUUUUAGAAUAGUUCCUCCCUCAGUAAUGUGGUUUCGCUUC